CCCUUUUGCUUGCAGAGAUGCUGAAUGAUUUCCGGCUGCGGCUCGACCCUCCCACCCCACAUUUGCAUGCGAUUUUAAAAACAAACGUCGGCAGCUCGCUGCGCUGCAACUUUAGUCUUGGCAAUUUAUUUUCAUCGAAAGGUUCAGCCGAAAAGAAGAAAAAAAAAAUUGAAAGGAGCUGGGCUCAAAACGGCAGAAAGAUGUGGCCUUUGUAUUUAUUGAGCUGGGUUGCAAUGAUUUUGCAAAUAGUCUUUGUAACAGUCGCAGUAGCUGCUGGGCUUUAUUAUUUAGCUGAGUUAGUAGAAGAAUACACCACAACUACAAGGAAGGUUAUUUGGUGGAUGACAAUGGUCGUUCUAGGAAUCUACACAAUAUUCCUCUUGUUUGAGGACCUUCCAAAAACCUUAGUUUUUUGUGGGAUCAUUAGUCAAAUGGCACACUUGUGCAUAAUCCAGACUUUCCCAUUCUUUGACGUCCUCUCUCCGUCAUUCGUCACAACUGUAGUGAUGCUGGUUGUCAACCACUACCUUGCCUUUCAACACUUUUCAUCACAUUACUUUGCCUUCUCAGAGGUUUUAGGAUAUUUCACAAUUUGCCUUUGGCUUGUGCCCUUCACUUUGUUUGUAUCUUUGUCUGCAAAUGAGAACACCCUGCCAACAGUCUCUGAAUCUAGACAUCACGAUGAUGAUGUAGUGAGCAGCUAUUUCUCCAGAAAGGGAAAGAAAUAUGGCUUACUUGCAUUUUUCAAUUAUGCAAAAGACUCGAUCCUUCCUCAGAGAAACAAGAAGGGUUACUGAGCUAUAAUGUUGCUUUAUGAAUGAAUUUGAAGUCGGAAUUCAAAAACAACAUCUUUUUUACGAAUGACUGUUUCCGUAAGUUCCCAAUCUGAAUUAAUUUAUUU